UUCGUCGGCCUAAACCCCUCUCGUCGCGUCUCUUCGCGACAAGUAACCGCGCCGAGCUCCUCCAGUCCACCACCCAUCCAGUCUCUCCAGCGUCGCCUCACCCAUCUUCCAUUCCACAUAUCGAUUUCCCUUCCUGCUCGGCCGCACGAGCUCCAAUCGACGAAGCAUCGCUAGGUUUUGGAGAUUUUUUUUGCUUUUGAUUUGGUGAGGUGAGGAACCCCCAAUUUCCACUUCAAUUCCCGAGCUAAAACCCGGCGGCAUGCUCGAUUAGUCUGCUGGGGUCGCGCAUGGGGAGGAGGAAGUCGCGGCCGGCCCGGGCGGGAGGCCUGGGCGCCGGCGCUGCGGCGGAGCCCGACGCGCCGAGCCCUAGCAGCGGCGGCGCCUCCAAGUCGAGGCGUGCGGCGAAGGGCGAGGCCAGGAGGGACGUGUGCUUCGAGGUGGAUAGCAGCACGUGGUGCUUGAGCGACGGCGACCGCCGGGACCUCGCGGAGUUGGUUAUGCGCGACGUGAGGAUCUCCGGCGAGGGAGAGGAGGCGUUGGACGUAGCGGCUCUGUACGAGGCAGGCAGGGAGAAGAGGUUCCCGUUGCGUCUGCGGGUGCGGGACGCGCCGGAGGAGGGUUUCCGGUUGGGCAACUGGCCUGUGGUACCGUCAGAUUGUGUGAUCCUGGAGUAUGUGGUCGCUGGCAUGGUUAUCUCAGGUUGUUUUGAUGGUCCCGACGAAGGUGUAUCAGGCCUCGCCCAUCUGGUUAAACUGAGAUUCGUGACAUUGCGUGUUCAUGCCUUUAAUGUAUCUCAGUCUGGUGAUUCUGUGUCGGUUGUGUCGUUUAGAGUUAGAUUGGGGGUGAUGGAGAAGGCUUUUGCUGCAUGUGAGUCAUUGUUGGAGGUGACGAGGCAUCCGUGGAGGAAGAGCUUGAUGAAUAUGGUGGCUUGGGUACGUCCUGAGGUCAUGACCUCGACUGCAAUAUAUGGGAUGGAUGGUCCUGUUUUGCCGAUCAAUGGAGAUGCUAAUGGUGAUUUCACCCCAAAGAAGGAUUCUCAGUUUGAUCUUGCUGCUUUGUAUGAAGCCAUUAAGCCCUCGAUGGAGGCUGGACUGUUCGAAGAGGAGCUUGCUGAUUUACUUCCUCAUCUCAGACCUUAUCAACUUCGUGCAGCAAAUUGGAUGGUUCAACGUGAAAAGGGAAAUACAAUGGUUUCAUCACCAAAUCAGCAAUAUGUUCAUUCUGCACCUUAUUGUGUUCCAAUUGAUUUUAUGCACAAGAACUCUAGGAUGUUCUUCAAUCCAUUCAAUGGAAAUGUCUCGAUGCAUCCAGAACCUUCUCCACCUUAUGUAUCUGGGGGUAUUUUGGCUGAUGAAAUGGGCUUAGGGAAAACUGUCGAGCUUUUAGCUUGCAUUUUUGCACACCGCAGACCAUAUUCAGCAGGCUAUUCUGUCUCUUCAAACAUAAAAGGAACAUACCAGAUAAAGAGGCAUAAAAGAGAAAGAGUUGAGUGCAUUUGUGGGGCUGCAAGUGUAACUUCUGCAUAUCAGGGGAUAUGGAUCCAGUGCGACAUUUGUGAUGCUUGGCAACACGCUAGUUGUGUUGGUUACUCACCAAAGGAAGAAAUGCAUUUUAGUGAUGAUAAUGGUGAUGCAGCAGCAAACAAUGAACAAGGUACCAUAAAGUCAAAAAUUAAAAGGAAGAAAAAAGACAAGUAUUGCACUGCAGAGACAGAAGAAAAAUAUAUUUGCACACUGUGCUUGGAGCUAAUUGAAGCGGCACAAUCUAAUAUAUUAAGUCAUGCUACACUGAUAGUAUGUCCAUCACCAAUAUUGGCCCAGUGGCACUCUGAGAUUACCCGACACACGAGACCAGGAUCUCUGAAAGUUUACAUUUACGAAGGUGCAAGGAACUUGGACUUACCAUCUACCCAAAAAAUUGAUAUGGCUGAGAUAAGCACCUGUGACAUUGUUUUGACAACUUAUGAUGUCCUGAAAGAAGAUCUAUCACAUGAUUCUGAUCGGCAUGAUGGUGAUCGCUGUUUUUUGAGAUAUCAAAAGAAGUACCCUGUCACUCCAACUGUCCUAACAAGGGUCCACUGGUGGCGGCUAUGUUUGGAUGAAGCUCAGAUGGUGGAGUCCAGCAGAACUUCUGUAACUGAGAUGGCAAUGAGGCUAAAUGCUCAACACCGUUGGUGUAUCACAGGAACUCCAAUACAACACAGGCUUGAUGAUCUUUUUGGGCUUCUUCGCUUUCUCAGGACAAGUCCAUUCGACACAUAUAGAUGGUGGGCGGAUAUUAUUAGGGACCCAUAUGAGAAGGGGGACACGAUAGCUAUGAAUUAUACACACAAGUUUUUCAAGGAAAUCAUGUGGCGCUCCUCUAAAAUUCAUGUUUCACAGGAGUUACAACUGCCUCCGCAAGAAGAGUGUUUUUCGUGGCUUAUCUUUUCAUCGAUUGAAGAAUAUUUCUAUCAGAAGCAGCAUGCCACUUGCAUGGACCACGCGCAUGAAAUUAUUAGACGUAUCAGAAAUGAUGCCAACAAAAGAGAGCCAAUAUCAGACUCGAGUGUUGUAUCAAAUGUGUACCUCUCAAAUGAUGACAUUGCCAAGCUCCUAGUCCCACUGCUCAAACUUCGACAGGCCUGUUGCCAUCCUCAAGUGGGGAGUUCUGGUCUCUGCUCCCUGCAGCGUACUCCUUUAUCAAUGGGUGAAAUUUUACAGGUUCUUAUUGGGAAAGCAAAAGUCGAGGGGGAGGAGGAGCUUAGGAAAAUUGUUGUUGCCCUGAAUGGUCUUGCUGGACUUGCUGUCAUUGAACAAAAGAAUCAAGAGGCCAUCUCUCUGUACAAAGAAGCACUAGCUUUGGCCUGUGAAAAUUUUGACGAUUUCCGUGUUGACCCUUUGUUGAAUCUUCAUAUCAACCACAAUCUUGCAGAGCUGCUCAGAGAUAGUUCCGAGUAUUUGCAGGAAUGCCCACUAAAAGAACAAACCUUUGAAGCCCAUGGUGGGCGAAAAAGAAAGGAAACUAGUCCUGUUGACUCAGAUAUGUGUGGCAUAAAGAGAACUAAAAUGUGUGAGAACAGCAGGUCAAGUUUGAUGACUGAUAGCCCAGAAACAUCCAAGGAAGACGAGAACAUCGAUGCACAAGUAUGUAAAAACAGAGAGAUGGAUGUAGAGAAUGAUUCUGGAUGCCACUCGUCAUCUGUAUGCUUAGCUGAUAGUUGUUUGAAAAAGACUUGCAAUUCAAUCAGAGAAAAGUAUCUGUCAGUUUUUACUUCAAAGCUACUAAUAGCACAGAAGGAUUUCAGUGCAUCGUUCACAGAGGUCUCAACUCUCAGUACAGAGUUACAGAAUCAAAAUAUGAAUUGGUGGCUGUAUGCCUUGGAUUGCAUCGAACAGAACAAGGAUUCUGCUGAUGAGCUCAUUAGGAAGAUUGAUAUCUCUUCCAAUAAGAGCACCACUGGCUUGGGUUCAACAGGAAUGUCUUCCAGGGUUCAAACUAUCUCUGGAUUGAAGUAUACCAUUCAAGCUGGUAUUGAUUCUCUGCAAAGUUCAAGACAACAACUGAUGCAUAGACUUUUAGAACUUGACAAAACAAUGGACAACCCAAAGGAUGAAGACAUUGAGUGUCAUCGAUAUUGCCCAAAUUGCUAUGAUGGUAACGGUUCUUUAUGCAUCCAAUGUGAAUUGGAUGAGCUAUUUCAGGCGUAUGAAGCACGUCUAUUUCUUGUUAAGAAAUCAAAUAAUGAUUCUGUUAUUGCCUCAGUAGAGGAAGCACAGGACUUGCAAAGGCGAAAAUAUGAGUUGAAUCACUUUUUCCGUAAUACUAAAACUAAUGAGGGAUCUGAACCUGGUGAUGAGAAUAAAAAUCCAAGAUUUGCUCGAGAAAAUAUACAGGUCUACAGGCAUCCUUCUCGAAUUGAGACUUCCCUUAAGGUUAUUCGAACCCACUCAAAGACAAUAAUGGGAGAGCAGUAUGCUAAAACUGCUAAAAAGCAUUUGCUGCUUUUUGAGGCUAUGCGCAAGGAAUUCCCUCAAGCAAGGAACUUAUCAAUAGCACAAAACCAAUUACUGCGUGCGCAUGAUGAGAUCAAGAUGUCUCUCUCACGCCUGCAGCUCAAGGAGAAUGAUGAUGAACCCAGUGCAGUCAAUAUUGUUACUAGAGAGGAGCUUAUACCAUACAAUGUGCAAUUUACAAGUGACAAAUUCUUGUCUUUGUCAUCUUUAGCUCGUAUAAGAGGCCAACUGAGAUACUUAAAGGGAUUGGUGCUAUGCAAUAAGAAAACACUGAGAAAGCAUGGUGAAUCACUGCCUGAGUUAGGCAACUGUGCUGCUAUGGCAACUUCCUUCGCUGCCACAGGGCAAACUGUUUCUGACACUAGCAACGAAUCAUGCCCAAUUUGUCAGGAGAAGUUACUUGAUCAGAAAAUGGUUUUCCAAUGUGGCCAUUCCGUUUGCUGCAAGUGUUGUCUUUACAUGACAGAACAAGCUGCAGCCCACUUUGGGAGGAGCAAAAAAUGGAUUAUGUGCCCUACUUGCCGUCAACGUACAGAUCUUGAAAAUAUUGCUUUUGUAGUUGAAAAUAAGAGAGAAAAUGCUGAUAGAGAAGUUGAGGAUUUGGCAGAAAGAGCCAUUUCUGUCCAAGGUUCAUAUGGAACAAAGAUUGAAGCUGUGACAAGAAGGAUUUUGAGGAUCACUUCAACUGACGGAGCAGCCAAAAUACUUGUUUUUUCAAGCUGGAAUGAUGUUCUUGAUGUACUAGAGCACUCCCUCGCUGCUAACAAUCUCUCUUAUGUUCGGAUGAAAGGAGGAAGAAAAUCUCAAGCAGCACUUUCCCAAUUCAAAGGUCUGGCAGGCAGUAUAAGUGGAGAGAGAGCAAAGAAGUCAUUUUCCAAGAUGCAACCUGUUCAAGUAUUGCUAAUGCUUAUUCAGCAUGGAGCAAAUGGUCUUAAUCUUCUGGAAGCACAACAUGUAAUAUUAGUGGAGCCGUUAUUAAACCCUGCAGCUGAGGCACAAGCUAUCAGCAGGAUCCAUAGAGUUGGGCAAGACAAAAACACGUUUAUCCACCGUUUUAUUGUGAAGAAUACUAUUGAAGAGAGCAUCUACAAAUUGAACAGGGGCAGAGCUGUUUGCUCCACAAUACACCGUAAAUCAAAAAAUUUCAAAGAUGAGCUUGUUUUGACACUGAAGGAUAUUGAGUCACUAUUUCCUAUGGUAGCAUCCGAUCAACCUUCAGAACAGGAGGAUAAGAAUCAAGGUGGGCAUCUGAGAAGUUUACCUCCAUCUAUUGCAGCUGGGUUAGCUGCUGAAAGGAGGUCAUUGGUGCAACAUGACAACCUGCAUUAAGUUAUCGGUUGACUUAUUCUUUCAACUGGAAUUAGGAGAGGCAAUGAAGGAGAUUGAAAUAUAAUAAUUGAUGCUGGAGAUAUUUCACUUCUUAGCUCUAAAUUAUCUCAACAUUACAGAAAGGGACGGAUAUAAUAUUGUCUGGAAAUUCCCGGAUCACUAGAAUCUGACAUCACUGAUAGAAUGAUAGAAUAGUUAGGACACCCGAGCAUCGAGGAUGUAUUUAGGGAUAUAUGAAAAGUAGGCUGGUUAGCCUGGCACAAGCAUGUGUAUAUAAGCCGCCGUCUCAUUUUCCUUUUGAGUUUUGAUAUGGUAAUUAAUAUUCUUAUUAAUAUGUGGUGUACAUGGUUGUGACUGUUGUCGCCUUAGUAAAUGAAAGGUCAGUUCUUUCGAGUUUCAAGUUUUGAUAUGAUAAUCUAGGUCUUUUUU